AUGAAUGAAAAUAGAAAUAAAAAUCUAGACAACAAAUUGAAUCAAAAUAAUCAUGAAAAGGAAACGAAAAAUAUAGAUAACAAUUCAAAUGAAAAACUUCAUAAAAACAUAGUUGAUGAUUACCACGGAGAGUUAAAUGAAAAAAAAAAAGUUAUGAAUUCCAAUGAAAACUUUUUUAAAAAGACUGAGGAAGAAGCAAUAAAAAAUUCCAAUGAAAAUCUAGUUAAAUUAGCUAAAGAAAAUGUAUUAGAUAAUUUAGAAGAAAACAUGUAUAAAAGUAUAGUAGAAAAUUUAAAUAUAAAUGAAGAUACUUAUAAACAAAUAAUAAAAGUCUUUGAUGAAAUUUUGGAAAGAAAAUCUUAUAAAGAUGGAUCCAAUGAUAAUACACAUGAAAAUUCCAGUGACAAAAGAAAUGAAAAUUUGCUCAAAUUGGAUGAAUUUCUAGAUAAUUUUAGUGAGGUUUCUUCAAACGAAAAAUCUUCCUCAUCUUUUUCAUUGUUUUCAUCCAAUUACAAUGAUUCUAAUAUAUAUGAAGAUAAAGACAAUUUAAUAAAUAUAUAUAUAGGACAAAUAAAGCUUUAUAACUUUUUAAAGAAUUCCAAUUUAUACGAGAAUGUUUUUUGUGUAUCGUAUUUUUCAUAUGAAGAUCCAAUGGAAACUUUUAGUAUAUUUCAAGGAAUAAAUUGGCUUCCCGAGCUGAAAAAUAGAUGUACUUUUUUAAGUUCAGUUGAAUAUUUACCUAAGAAAAACAUUAAAAUGAGUACUUUUGAUAUUGGUAUAAAUAUUAAUCAAUAUGUGAAUUUAAAAAAUAGAAUAAAUGAAUACUUGAAUAUUAUAGAUAAUGGAAUAAUUUAUGUUUUUAUUUCUAUAGUGGGUGUUAAUUUAAAAGAAUUUGAAAAGUAUUAUUCAAGCAAAAUUGAUAAGAAAUAUCGAAAAGUAAAUUUUAAAGAUAUUGAUUCACUAUACAAUAAAAUUGAAGACGAUUCACAUACAAUUCAUGAAGAUAUAAAUAAUAGCGAAAUAUUAGGUAUAAGUAAAAUCGACAAAAAAAAAAAUGAAAGAAAUAAGGAAGAAAUAGUUGCAAAAGAAAUAAUUAAAGAAAUCAAUAAUGAAAUUGAGGAGGAAAUGAGAAUAAUGGGAAAUAAAAAAAUAAUUCAAGAAAAAGAUUAUAAAGAUUACCUUAAAAUUUUAGGUUCAUCUAUUAUUCCAAUAAACAUAACUGAUGAAACUAUUUUAAAAAAAAAAAAUAGUUGGAAUUUAAUAAACAUUAAAAAGAGUUAUGAUAAUUAUAAUAUAUAUUCCCAUGAUACUAUUAGAAAAAUUUUGAAUAAUUAUCUAGAUUCAUUUAAAAUAAAUAAAAAGGUAAAUUUGUUUCAUUUAAUUAAUGAAUAUGAACAUGAAUUAAAAACUAUUGGUAAAAUUAAAUUAAUAAUUAACGUAAGAAAUAAAUCAAAUAUCUCUAUUCCUAAUAUUCUAAAUAAUAAAACUAGUAAUAUAAAUAGUGAUUUCAGUGAUGUGAAAGAAAUGAUAAACAGAGUUCUUAAGUAUGGAAAAAUAAACAAGAAUAAGAGAAAAGACAGUAUUUCUGAUAUUGAUAUAGAUGGAAAGUAUCUAAAUAUUAAUAAAGAAAUAGAGAAAGAAUCAAAUUAUUCUUUAUUAGAAAACAAAGAAAGUAAUACUUAUUUCAACAAAUUGUUUAGUUAUAUAGAAAAAAACUUAAAUAAAAUUUAUGAUGAAGAGGAAGAAAAUAUAUUAAGAAAUAAAUUAUUUAAAACUAUUUUUGAUAAAUUAGAACUGUCAAAAAAGAAAAGAGAAAAUAAAUUUUUAUAUAAGUCUAAUGAAAUUGCUUGCUCUCAUUUAGUUAUAUUUGUUCAUUGUAUAUCAAACAUAACUUUAACUUUAAGUGCUCUUAACAAUUUUAUACAUCUAAAUUAUUUUUAUAUAAUAAUAUACUGGGAUGAAGAAGGAAAUAGUAUGGAGAAUAUUAAGAAAAUAAAACUAAGAAAAAGUAGAAUAUUGAAAUUAAAUUCCAAAAAAGAUAUAGAGUUGGACUAUUACUUUCUUACUCAAAAAGAGAAUGAUUUAAAUUAUAAAAUGGAGAAAGAGGAUAGCAUAGUAAAUUUAAAAUUAAAUUUCAACAGUUGUGUUAUAUUACCAUAUAACUAUAAUGUAUCUCCUCAAUUAAAUAUUAUACUAUUUCAUAAUGAUAUUCCUCUUUUGGAAUUAACUAAGAACAUCAUAAUAAAUGAUAAAAUUCCUUUUAAUGAAGGUGUUAAAAUUCAAAAAAAACUAAAAGUUCAUGAGAAUUAUAAACAUAAGAUUUAUGAUUUUUUUCAAGAAAAAUUUAAUCCUUAUAUUGAAUUAUCUUUUUGUAAGCAUCCUAAAAAUAGCACUUUUUUUUCUUAUAUUGAUUAUAGACAAUUUUACAAAGAAAGAAUGAAAUGUAGUAUAGAAGACAAUAUUCAUUCUUCUUACUCGCCUCCAAAAUUUAAUAAAAAAAAUGUAGUUUUUUUAUUUUUUGAUGAUUUUGAAAAGGAAAAUAUGAUUAAUGAAAACAAAGAUAGUGCUUUGAACUUUUUUAAAAAUGAUUUUUUUUUACCAGUAUUACAAAAUGAAAAGAAAACAUCAGAAAAUUCUAGAAGAAAAGGAAAACAAGAUAAAAAUAAGGAAGUGCUUGCACAUAUAGAAAAAAAAAGUAACUCAGAAAAAAAUCAUAAUUUGUCUUUAAUAAAAAAUGACAUUAUUGAUUUUGCAAUAGCGGAAGGAUCUGGUUUAAAAGGAGGGGAAAUAAAUAAAUGGCUUUCUUUUAAUGUAUAUACAAAAAAUUAUAAAAAGAAAAAUAUUUAUUCAGGUAAAUAUGUUAAUAUAAGAUUACAGAUUGAACCAUUCGGAUUUUUGAAAUCAGAAUAUGAUAUUUAUCCUUACAAAAAUGAUGAAAUAAAUAAAGGAACUGUAAAUUGCUAUAAUUGCAAUAAAAAACUAUUGGGUUCUGAACAUUUUUGUUUUAAGUUAUUUAAUGAUAUACAUGAGACAGUUGAUUAUAAAGUAGAAGAUUUAAAAAAUGGAACAUAUCAUAUUUCAUAUAAAGUCAAUAAAGUAGGAAAGAAAAUUUUAUACAUAUAUUGUGAGGGUAUCAAUAUCAUAGGUUCUCCAUAUGAAAUAAAUAUUUUCCAUUCCCUUGCUGACUCUAAAUCUUCUAAAAUAUUAGGUAAAGGGGCUACUAGAUGUUUAGGUACUCCCAUUUUAGAUGUAGAAAAUUUUUUUUACAACGAAAAAUCAAAUUUAUUAGAUGUAAAUAAUAAUGAAAAAGAAAAUGAUAUAAGUUUUAAUAACAAUAUCCAAUCAAAAUUACUUCAACAAAAAAUUGAUGAAUUUGAAGAGAUAAAACUGAAAUUUGGAAACAAAAUAAUAUUAGCUUCAGAUAAUAAAAAACAAUUAUUAAACAAAGAUAAUUUAAAUUAUUCAAGCUAUUCUCAAGAUAACAAGAAAGAAGAACAAAUAAUUUCAAAUGAAAAGAAAGAGAAAAAGGAAAUAGUAAAUAACAAUAAUGAAAAAAAAGAUGAAGAAAAAAAAAAUGUUCAAAAUAAAAUAGAAGAUAAAAACAAUGAAAAAAAUAAUGAUAGUAAUAACUUUCAUAUUAUUUCGAUUAAUAAAAAUGAAGAAACUUUAAAUUUAAAUAUAAAUAAUGAGACAAAUCGAAAUAUUCCAAAUAAUGUAAAUGAAGGCACUUCUUGUGAGAGAAAGAAAUAUGUAGAUAAAAAAAAUUUAAUUUUUGGAAAUCCAGAAUAUUAUGAUGAAAUAAAUGAAAACAUAAUUAAAUUAGAUAAAACUAAUAAUGAGAAAUAUAAAAGCUUUUUAAAUAAUAUAGAAAUUAUUAAUAAUUUUAUUAUUGUUUUAUGUGAUAAAAAUGGAGAAAGAAUAAGUAUUGGUAAUGAAAAUGUUAAGGUAGUAGGAAAAAAAGGAGCUCACAUAAAAAACGUUAUAGAUAAUAAUGACGGUAGUUAUAAAAUUGAAUAUGUUAGUUAUGUUAAGAAACAAAAAAAAAAAAAGUUUGGAGAUAUUAAAAAAGAAGAUAUAUUAGACUUUUAUAAUGAAUUUUUAUUUCAGGAAAAUAAAUAUUACGAUAAUUUUAUAAUCAAGGAAUUUGAAAGAAGAUUCAAUGAUAUAUCUAUAUGCUGUGAGAUAAAUGUUUAUGUAAAUGAAGUAGAAAUAUUUGGUUCUCCCCUAAAGCCAAUAAUUAUGAAUAUCCACAAUAUUCUGGAAAUAUAUAAUUUAUAUGAUCAAUUUACUUAUUCCGGUUUAUUAUUAAAAAAUUUCGAAUACUUAUUAUAUUCGAAUAAUUAUCAAAGUUGUAUUGAUAAUUUACGUGAAUUUUAUAAGAAUAUUGUAGAUACAGAGGAUGUUCCUUCUAAGAAUGUGCCAUCAAAUAUAGCUUACGAUAAUUAUAUUGAAAAUGAAAGCUUCUUUUUUAAAAUUCCCCUGAAUAUUUCGGACUUAAAGAAAGGAGCUUUUAUUGAGAAUAAUUUACCUUUACAUAAAUUAUCAUGGAAAAAUAUUAAGAAAUGUAAAGUGUUCUGUAAAAAUAAUUUAAAUGAAGAAAAAAAUGUGUUAGCACAAGAAAAUAGUUUGAGUAAUAAUACUUUCAUAAAUAGGAACAAAACAGGAGAUUUAAAAUUAACAUAUGAAAAAAAUAUAUCAAAUAAAUAUGAAGAUGAUAUAAUAUAUGAGGUAAGAAAAAACUUGUAUGAUUAUAAAAAUGCUAAAUUAAUACCUAAUGAUAUAAAUGAAGAAAAUUCAGAUUUUAUAAAUAAAUGGUUGUACAUGUAUACUCAUAGAGAAAAACUUUCUAAUUUAAAUAAGAAAUAUGAUUUAAGCAUGAAUUUAGCAUAUUCAUUGAGUAAUAUUAUUUUACAUCAUUUAAUUUAUUUGAAAAAGUAUAAAUAUUUUGUUAAUUUUAAACAAUACGAAAACGAUUUAUUACAAAAUAACAUAUUAACUCAAUUCAAAAAAAUAUUAGAAAAUGAAUACAGUAAAAUGUUUGCUUAUCAAACAAAUAAUAUUAUAAAAUAUUGCAAUAAGGUUGGUAAUGCAAAAUUCAGUAGUUUAGAAGAGUUAAUAAAAGUAUAUAAAAGCAUAGCUUAUGAAUUAAGAAAAUUAAAAAAGGAUGAUUUAGCUAAUGAUUUUGAUAAAUGUUGUGAGAAUAUGUGUGAAGAAUUAUAUUUGGGAAACAUUGAAUCAAAUUUAAAGCAAAAAGAAGCCUUAUUGGAUAAAUACGAGAAAAUCAUGAAUGAAAAAAUGGAGAAGCUGGAUAAAAUAAAAAACUCUUUAAAAAAAUAUGAAGACAAAAAAGUGGAUUUAGAAAAAAUUUCAAAAUUAUGUGUAGUUAAAACGAAUAAAGAAGUUCAAACUAAUGACUAUUUAUCUUACAAAACUGGAUUUUUGGGUUCAUUAAUAGAAUCUAGAAAGAAAAUCAAUGAUGAUAAUACCAACAAUAAAAAAAUUUUAAAUUUAGUUAAAAAAAGUUGGAAGAAUUCUUCUACAUAUGAUAUUUACACGACUGUUCUAAACACUGUAAAAAAUUGUCCUAGAUUAAAAAUAGCUUUAGAGGAAACUUUUAAUUAUUAUAGUUGUAGCCUUAAAAAAAAUAACAAAAUGAAGGAUCUUGAAUUUAAAAAAAUGCAAGAAAUAAAAAAUUUAGAUAAUUUAGAUAACCUAAAAAAAGUUGAAUUACAAGAAGAAAAUUUUCUAUCUUAUAAUGAUUUGAACGAUUCUUAUUUAACUUAUAAUGCUUAUUUUUCUCUUUUAAAUGAUUUAAAGUGUAAUGAAUAUUUUAUAAAUGAUUCAGAUAAUGUUAUAUGGUUAUUUGAAAAGUUUUCAAUAGAACAUAGUUCUUUUAAAAAUUUAUAUAAUCCAUUUGGUUUACUAAGAGUUAUUCCUAAAUAUUUAUUUAUAGCAUUUAUAAGAGAAUUAUCUUAUUUAAAUUUAUUAUAUGUUUUAGCACAAUAUGUUGUUGAAAAUAAUGAAAAUUAUAAAUUAUACCUAACAGUAAAUCACCCUUCUAGGCUUUCAUCAUUUUAUCAUUUCAUUAAAUAUCAUUUCAGUGACUUUUAUGAUAAAUUAAGUAAUAUGGAUAACUUUCAAAAUUUUAAGCAAAACUUAAUAGAACCAAAUGAGGAAGAAGAAACAACUAAAAAUAAUACAUUUGCUUAUAAUCAAAUAAACUUAUUAGAACUAGAAAAUUAUUUUAAUAAUGAAUUACCUAUAAUUGUUAAACAUAAAAAUUUUUCCAAAACCUUUCCUUUGCUUUUUGACUACUAUUCUAAAUUAUCUAUGAAUCAGAAUAAAACAAAUAGUGAAAAUGAAAUAAAUAAUAAAAAAAAACCAAAGCAAAUCUUAAAAGAGAAAACAAAAAAAGACAUACACAAAGAAAAAGAAGAGAAAGAAGAAGCAAAUAUAGAAAUAGAAAAAGGAGUAGAAACAGAAUCAUAUCCAAAUUCUAUUGAUAAAAAGUAUGUAUCUGUUAGUAUUUUUAUAAAAUUUUUAAGGGAGUUUGGUAUAAUACCUCACUUUUUUGAUAAUAAUGUAGUUAAACAAAUAUUAAACACCUCUAUGAAAAAUAAAAAGAAAUUAGAUUAUGAUGAUUUUUCUUAUGCAAUUAUUUUGUCUAUUUGUGAAUGUGUUAAAAAAAACAUUAUGACUCAAUACAAUAUGUUAAAAACAAGUAAUAAUAAAAAUUCAAAAAUUCAAGCAGAGAAAAUUUUAAAUUAUAAUUAUGUAGCAAAUGAGGUAAAAGAAUUAAUAUAUCUUUUCGGUUUUUCAGAUAUUCACAUUGUUAAAUCGAAAAUAAAUAUUUGA